AUGUCUAUCACUUUGCUUUGCCUUGUUAAAGGAAAUACUCUAGUGAAUGCUUUCCCCAUCGAUAUUGAUAAGGACCAGCUUGUUGGUCACCUCAAAAAGGUUAUCAAGGCCGAAAAGCAAAAUAACUUCGCUGAUAUAGAUGCAGACAAGCUCAAGCUAUGGAAAGUACCAAUCUUUGAUGAUCACGAUCAGUUGCGGAAUCUUUCACUUGAGGACAGUGACGAGCUGUUGGCAAUAAAUGAUAUAGGAGACUACUGGCCUACUUCACCUCCUAAGAAGCAUAUUCAUGUCUUAGUCUCUUCACCAGAGUCCACUGCCAUUUCGGACGAGCGGGAAGAGAGACUUCGUGAGAAUUUUUCUAAUCAUUAUUGCAUUGUAGAGUUCGAAGUCGUUGUCCACCCAAAACGGAAGGCAAAUAAGUGGACCACAAAUAUCGAAAAAGCGUCUCUUGUUGGCCUCAAAGAUUAUAUACAUAAGAUGUAUCAACCACCCGCACUUGAAAAUAAUGGGGCGGAACUCAACUUAAUGAAUUAUGGAAAGAAAUACUUCCCUUAUAAUGAUCAAGACCUUCGUGAGAUGCUCCGCAUAUUCGUAUCAAAGAACAAUCUCAAGUUUACCAUGUUCAUAGAAACACCCUCAAAAGCUUUCUCAGAUUGGUCAUUUCCAAAGGUAUGUCAGCUUUACGGACUCGGUGAAUCGGAUGACCCAUCAUUGUCAGUAUUCCCGCCUUUUACUUGCGAGUAUAAAGACCUGGAAGAAGAUUCUUCACGAGCAAUACUUAAUCAUCUUAUAGCUGAACUGGAGGCUCGUCUUAAGUCCAUUCCAAUAAAUGGAAACGAAGCAUCGAAAUCGCAAUACGUGUGCUCCUACCUUGUUUCUGGGGUGAAUUUGUAUGAAGGGAAGUUUGAGCUUCGACCAGAAAAAAAUAUCACAGGACCCAACGGACAUGGACCAGUUGAUUUUGCAAUUGAUUUACUCCAAACCAUGAAAACGGUUGACGUGACAGAAGUAAAGGACGAAGAUAUUUUUAAAGGUAUUGCACAGAAUGCUGUACAACUCGAAUCCACUUUAUCAAACCGUAAAUGUAAGGCGAGCGAGAUGGAAGAAGAUAGUCUGUUUGUGGGUAAGACUUUCGGAAUCAUCACUGACACAAAAGAAUGGUAUUUUAUGGAGUGUUCACUCGAUGAUCAGAACAAGCUAGCGUUCAGACUAUCAAAGUCGGUAACUGUUGUAUAUGAUAGUAAGAAUAUGGGCGAAAACGUUGAAAGAGUCCUCGGGCAUAUUGCAUGGUUGUUGGAGGAGGUGCAGAAGUCGGAUUCUGAUUCUUGA